AGUGAGAUGUACGCUAGUUUUUGUGGCAGAUUUCUUUAAACCAUUUCUCAAAUGUAAUGCGUGUGUUAAUGUGAUCUGCGUGAAGUGCUGGGCAUAAACUGAUGGUUGCAUUGUUAGUUAUUAAGCAUUGUUGUUCACUCUGCAAGCAGCAGUGAAAGUGCUUGAGAACGGAAUUUUUCAGUUCCCGCUGUAUCUACCAUAAUGCCCACAAAUCAGCUUCUCAUCCGCAUAUUUCCUGGCAUUAAAUGGCUGCAUGGCUAUACGGCACAGGAUGCUGUGGCGGAUUUGAUAGCAGGCGUGACUGUAGGGCUGACUGUGUUGCCCCAAGGCUUGGCUUAUGCCACGCUGGCGGGUCUGGAGCCGCAGUAUGGUCUGUAUUCAGCUUUUGUGGGCGGCAUUGUGUAUGCCUUGCUGGGCAGCUGUCGCCAGGUGACCAUUGGACCAACAGCCCUGCUGGCACUAAUGACCAGCCGGCACACGGGCUUUGGCUUGAACUCGGGUCCGGACUAUGCCAUUCUAUUGUGCCUCAUUUCGGGCUUAGUUGAGUUCGCCAUGGCCGUAUUGAAGUUGGGAGCACUGGUCGACUUAAUUAGUUUGCCGGUGACGGUGGGUUUCACAUCGGCCACUGCCGUUAUUAUAGGCACGUCACAGCUAAAGGGAUUACUCGGGUUACGCGGAGGUUCCGGCUCCGAUUUUCUGAAUACCAUGAAGUCGGUUUUUGGAAAUUUACAUAAUGUACGACGUGGUGAUCUAACGCUCGGCCUAGUGUCCAUUUCCGUGCUAUUACUGCUGCGAAAACUUAAGGACAUAAAACUGGCCACACGCAUUCGCAGUGUGCGUUUGCAGCAGUUGCUGAGUGGAAGCAUUUGGGUUAUUGCCACCGGACGCAAUGCGCUGGUAGUUCUGGUGUCCAGUGGCUUGGCCUAUAGCACCUGCGAUCGUACGGAUUCCUGCCCGUACAUACUAACGGGCAAGGUAAAGAGUGGCUUGCCGAGCUUGGCUCUACCCAAAUUCGAUACUGUAAUACUCGGCAGGAACGACACAAAAGUGUCGCAGAACUAUGAGCAAAUGCUUUCCGAACUGGGACCAUCGAUGUUCAUACUGCCAAUUAUUGCGGUGCUCGGCAACGUGGCCAUCUCUAAAGCUUUUGGUGGUGCCGGGCUGAGUCCCACACGCGAAUUGCUCGCCCUUUCUAUGAGUAAUAUAUGCGGCUCGUUCUGCAGUUCCAUGCCGGUAACGGGAUCCUUUUCUCGCAGCGCUGUGAAUCACGUGAGCGGGGUUCGUACGCCCAUCGGUGGCUUCUAUACCAGUGCCCUCGUGCUGCUGGCUUUGGGUCUGUUGGCACCCUAUUUUCAGUAUAUACCUAAGGCGGCGUUAAGUGCGGUCAUCAUAUCGGCUGUUAUCUUUAUGAUUGAGUUUGAGGUCAUUCGCCCGCUUUGGCGUUGUAGUCGACGGGAGCUGCUGCCUGGCGCCAUUACAUUUGUAAUGAGUCUGGGAGUGGGCGUGGAGAUUGGUUUGCUGCUGGGCGUGGGCGCAGAUGUGGCCUUUCUGGUCUAUCGGGCGGCUCGUCCGGUGCUAAGCGUUUCAAAGCUGCAUACCAUUAACGGAAUCAGUUAUAUACUCGUUCGGCCCAAGCAUAGCUCCCUGUACUUCCCAGCCAUCGAAUGGGUGCGCACAGGAAUUUCAAAGGCCUUGUCGACGCACGGCACAGCCCCCGUAGUCUUGGACUGCGCCCAUGUACAUGACUUUGAUUUUACCGCUGCCCGCGGCAUGGGUUCAUUACACAAGGAGUUGGCCAAAAUGAAUGUACCAUUGUUUCUGAUGAGUGCUCACAAAGAUAUAAGCGUUCUUUUAAAAGAGUCCACAAGCAUUAACUUUCCCACGAUAGAGUGUCCGGACGAUUUGGAGUGCAUACUGGAGCAGACAAUCGCAUUAGCUUGUUAAUGCGUUUCCAUAUUCUUCAGUUUCCUAAACAUUACAUGUUCACAUCCAUAAUCAUGCCGCAGAAUUGUUAGCUUCUCAGGAUUAUAAAUACUAUCUCAAUUGUUCUAUUGUUACAGCGCCCGACUAUGAGCUCCAUUUACAGGUGACUGCGCCCCUUGUUGAAUCAAAAAUAUUGCAACAUAACGCACAUAUAUCCGAUGCGGAGCCAACCGAGUCGAGUAAACUAAAUGGCAAAACCAAUUAAAGACCUUUCGUAAACUAUUAAGUGAUUUGGUACUUAAAAUUUCCAGGCAAAUCAAUCUCAAAACGCCCAUUGAUAUCCGUUCACUUUUUUAUACAUUUCUCUUAUUUCUAUUGCUAGAUGAGUUUCGAAACUAUUUCAUAUUUGAGAUCCCAUGACUUUCUACUGCGAACCAUCCAACUUUUGUACUCACCUACUGAUCCAUUCCUAUUAUUUAUUUCUGAGUAAUCAGCUCAUUUAUAAGGGCCAGCAACUUAUCAUAAUUAAUUUCGAAUUAGACUAGAAACAUAUGCGAAUUGUAGUUAUACAAAAAUGUUAUAUACUGUCUUAGAAAUUCGCUUUUAUUUAAUUAAGGA